AUGUACAAUAUCGCUUACAUUUGCUUAUUUUGUAAUAAAGAAUAUCCAAAGUUAUGUAAACUUAAUCAACAUCUAGAAACACAUUUAAAUAUAAAAAAACAUAAAUGUAAUGUUUGUGAUAAAUCGUUUUAUAGAAAGAGUGCAAGAGAUUUGCAUCUAAAGAUUCAUACACAAGAUGAAAAAUUCACAUGUAAAAUUUGUAACAAUAAUUUUAGCAAUAAAAACAAUUUAGAAAGGCAUUUAUGGUCUUUCCAUCCAACUUUUGAUGAUUCGUAA